CGAUUGCAUCACAUCACUACAGCAGAGCAGCACAACAAAACAGUUUUUUCGUGGAGUAACGAGUUUGCUUUGAUAAAACUACAAAUUAAUUUGUUUUCGUUUUCUUUUCGAUCUGCGUUUAAUGUAAAGUGUUUCUAAAGAUGACUGAAGAAAAUAUCACUGUAAGCGACAAUUCAGACACCGACGAAGGCGGUGCCCCCGAGCUUAGGGGGUAUUUGAGUAAAUGGACAAAUUACAUUCACGGGUGGCAGGAUAGAUUUAUCGUGCUGAAGGAUUCGACUUUGUCCUAUUACAAAAGCGAAUUGGAAAGCAAUCUUGGAUGCCGAGGUGCAUUAUGCCUGAAAAAAGCUAAAGUCAAGCCUCAUGAAUUUGACGACUGUAGAUUUGAUGUGUCUGUAAAUGACUGUGUAUGGUAUCUACGAGCAUCUAAUCCUGAAGAGAAGCAGCAGUGGAUAGAUGUAUUGGAAUCAUUCAAAGUGGAAUCAGGGUAUGGAACAAGUUCCGACAGCAGCUCCAAUGGAGGUGGUCUGCGGAGACACGGUUCUGUUACUUCACUUCAGUCUACAGGAUCCCAUGGUCGCACGACACGUCGUCUUACCGAAAAGAUAGCCGAGUUGGAGACGUACAAUGAGCUGCUUUCAAAACAAGCGGUGCAGUUGCAAAAGUACUUUGAAAUGUGCGUCGCUUCGUACCCGAAGAUCAACGACGACCCCAGCGAGGCCAUAGACGCUGUCAAAGUUGCAGACGGUAAGUCUGUUGGAACAGACCUAAGCCUCUACACUGGCGAAGUCCGAGCCACUAGCGCGUCAUUCCGUGCCACGUGCGGCGCAACGCUCGCCACGCUUCAGCACUGCGCGGAUCUGCUAAGGCGGCGUGAAAAGCAAGCGAGACAGGCUGAAGAGCUGUACAUGGCAUUGAAGAAUCAGCUGACAGAAGCAAGAUUGGCUUCAAAACCAGGACCUGACCAUGAGGAAGGGCCCCACUCCACAUUACCGGACGACGAGUUCUACGAUGCUGUCGAGACCGGCUUCGACAAGAUGGAGGAGGAGCGGUGCGCGCGAGUGGCGCCCCCUAGCGUGCACACCAGAGACGAGGUCGAGCUGCCGCCGCCGGCCAUCGACAACAGGCUCACAGUGCACCCCUUAUGGCCUGAGAUCGACAGGAUAUCAACAGAGCAAAUCCAGGCCGCCUUCGAAGGCGUUGGCGGUGAGAUAGGCUGGCAGUUGUUCGCCGAAGAGGGAGAUAUGAGGAUGUACAGAAGGGAGAUGGAAGUGGAUGGCAUGGUGAUGGAUCCCCUGAAGGCGAUGCACAAAGUCCGCGGCGUGUCCGCCCGCGAGAUGUGCCAUUACUUCUUCAACCCGCGCUACAGAUACGAGUGGGAGACAACACUGGAAACAAUGACGAUCGUCGAGGAGAUGUCAUCAGACGCGCUGGUGUUCCACCAGACGUUCAAGCGCAUCUGGCCCGCGUCGCAGCGGGACGCGCUGUUCUGGUCGCACGUGCGCGCCGCCGACCGCGCCACCUACGCCGUCACCAACCACUCCACCACCAACGCCGAGUACCCGGCGAACUCUGGCGCGUGCAUUCGGCUGUUCGUGACGGUGUGCCUGGCGUGCCGCAGCUCGUGGCCGGCCGGCGAGGCGCCCUCGCGCGAGAAUAUCACCACAAGCAUCGCCUACUGCAGUACAGUAAACCCAGGAGGCUGGGCGCCCGCCGGCGUCCUCCGCGCAGUCUACAAACGGGAGUAUCCCAAGUUCCUCAAACGCUUCACGAGUUACGUGUCCGAGCAGUGCCGCGGGAAGCCGCUAGCUUUGUAGCGACCGCCCGGGCCCCGCGCCAGACUGGUAAACUACUGAAUAUUAACUGGUAAUAUUUGGAACACUUGAAAACAACCGACAAUCUACUGACGUUUUUGUGAGCUGUUGGAACUUUUAGAUAUAGGUGUCCCACCCGUGACAUUGACAGGGGGCGCCACUGUCAAUACCGGAUCGCUGGUUCCGAUUCCGCAAAAAUCGGAUGUUAUCGGAGGGCGCUAAUGCCGCUAAUAUCAAUACUGGGUUUAUUUUUGCCACUUGACGUUUCGGGAUCGUGGGACUAUAUAUGUAUUUUAUGAUGUUGAAAUAAUGUCACGAGACGUUUGGUGUGUGAUACCAGAUGUUGUCAAAAAGUCGUAGACUGUGAGUGUUUCAUUUUGCCUUAGAUGCUAACAAGACAACUUUCUACACAAAACUAAUGGUAAUGAUUUGUGUCAUAUACUCCGCCUUUUGUACUGGUCUUCAUGUGUAGUAAUGAUUGAAAUAAAUAAUGAAAUUAGUAUCCACAGCUCACAAAAAGCAGGUCAGUUGAUUGUAGGUGCCAUAAGUACCUAUUUUUGGACAGUUUUCCUGUGUUACAAUUUUAAAAAGUAUCUUAGGGAUCUCAUUCCCCGGCGGUACCGGGCUAUUUCAUAACGUAGUUUCGUAUUUUGUGUCUAUCUGUCUCUGUCACUCGUACUAGCUUUACGAGCGAGAGAAAUAGAUGAUUCAAAAUUAUGAAAGUCGUAGGAAGUAGCCCCAUCAAGUUUGUCAUCGACUGGUAGGUAUUUCAUUUUGCCUUAAACGUUACGAUGUUUUGUGGUCUCAUGUUAUUACAGAUUUCGUAGAAUUUAUUGAAAACUGGUGUAUUUGUUUAAAUAAAAUACUAUUAAAGUACGUUAUUCUGUGUUGAUAUGGCUAAAUGAGUCAAAAUUGUACAGUUUUGAAAUAUAGCUUUAUAAAGUACCUAUGCCAGUUUUCAAGAAAUGUAUUAUAAAUAUUUUAUUGGGGCUAUUGUUGAAUUUUUCUGAAUUGUACAGAAAAUAUGAGUAGGUAUGUAAAUGUAGUAUAGAUAAACGACAUUUGUGGCAACAAAAUAAUUGUAAUUUAUGGAGUAUAUAAAGUGAUAUGUCUUUCUAAAGUGUAGUAUCUAUCGUGUAUUAACAUGCAUCGUUUUAUGUCUUGCUACGGUGUUUCUUUUUAGUUUGACAAUGAUCUGCGAGUAUGGAAAAUGUCACACUUUGUAUAUUUCAGGAUUGUAGUUAGCUGUCGAGUGUUUAUAGCUAAAAUGUCGUUAUGUUUACUGUUUGUAAUGUAAGCACUUAUUUAGAUCUAUGAUUUCUUUUGUUUCCCUACAAUUUCUAUACAUUCUCGGCGGCACUGAACAUAGUAUAGCUGAGAUUGUCUUGUCUAUGAGUAACACGAAUUAGGAGAUUAUGAAAAAAAAAAACUGAAACAAGGUCGGUUUAAAAGAUGGGAGCGAAAACAUUUUUUGACUUGGUCUUAAGGGUAAACAUUUUGGGGGGUGGUAAGAGUUAGGUUAAAGGUUAGAAGUGUCAUCUUGACCCUAGAGGACUGUCUACAUAAAUAAUUUCUUAAACAAACUCAUAAAAACGACGAUUAUUUUAAAAAUGGCUCAUUUUCAUUCUGUAAAACAACGUCUCCUAAUAUCAUGUCAUAUUUUAGACGUGUGACCUAUUUUAUAUUAAUUUUAAAAUAAUUUUUCGUAACUUAGUACCUACACUUUUAUUUUGUAAUGCUAUAUUAUGUCUUUUUGAUUUUAUUUAAACAUACAAGAUGUUAUCGGUAGGGCUUUUUCCAUUUUGUUCAUGUUCAAAUAUCGUUAGCUUUAGUAGGCUUUUAAAUUAUUUUUCGGCUGUAUUGAUCCAAGAUUUGUCUUCAGACUUCCAUAUUCCUUUUGUGACAAAUUUAAUCAUUUAGUAACUAUGAUUUAAUGUUAUCCUAUCACAAUAAGUUUAGGUGGUUAUUUGGUCAUAAUGAGUACUUAAACAGUACUGUAUUAUGUAUUCAGUAUCCUCAUAUUUUUGUUACUUUAAUCUUAAUAUUUAUGCGAUGCAUAUUCUAUGUCCAUUCCAACUAUACUGAUCUAAUAUAUUAAUAUAAAUAACAUGUUCGUUUACUACAAACUGUAUAAAAUAUGUAAAAUAUUGUACAGCUCUCAAAUUAAAUGG